GGUUCCAGUCCAUAGAGGGAAGGCAUCUCAAGUUUGAUAAAACGCAUAGUGCCAUUUCAGUCUCAAUAACAAAUGUUGCCGACGAAUCAGGGUCGACUCCACCCUCCACCGGCCGCGACAUCGAAAAGGUGGGAAUUAAUAAAAGCUGAAAAAGACAGCGGAACUCUGUUCUUCUACAAUCUUUCAACUCAAACCUCAACUUGUCUACCAUUCUCAACUAUCAAGCUCCAUUGUCAUCAGUCAUGUACAGGAACGUUGCUUCACGUCUUAGGACCUUUAGGGUUUGUUUGUAUCUUUUUCUUCUUCCAUUUCCCUUUAUCAAUUUAUUGUUAUGCCCUAGAUCUCAUCACUUAUUCUUGAUUGUAACAAAAUUACCUUGAUUUUUCAAUUGAUUAGUGCCUAUGCAAAAUCUGGUUAUCUGAUAGUUUGAGUUUUAUUAGGUCCAUUCGUGCAGCAGACUACCUGUCAGAUUUGCCAGUUCUGUUGCCUCGAAACAAUCCUCUUCUGGUUUAUUUGGAUGGCCCACCAGAGAACGAUCCAAUUCUGUUAGCGAUCAUAAAAUUCAAUGCAAAAAGUGCAACAAUAUAUUUCAGCUAGGAUGAAUCUGACUCUGCUAACAUUUUCUGCCCAAAUAUUCUCAAGUGCCUUGGCAAAUCCUCUUUUAGCUUCAGAAUCAGCAGUAAAUAAUCUAAAUGGUACAAUUCUGGAGGAGUUUGUUGCUGAGAACUAUACAGCACCUCGGAUAGUACUUGCAGCUUCUGGUGUUGAACACGGGGAAUUGUUAUCUGUUGUAGAACCUCUUCUGUCUGAUUUACUUAGUGUUCCACGUCCAGAGGAACCAAAAUCAGUAUAUACUGGAGGUGAUUAUAGAUGUCAAAGUGAAUCAGGGAGAACCCAUUUUGCUCUAGCAUUUGAACUUCCUGGUGGCUGGCAUAAGUUGAAGGAUUCUAUGGUUUUGACUGUUCUUCAGAUGCUAUUGGGAGGUGGUGGAUCGUUCUCGGCUGGUGGCCCUGGUAAAGGAAUGUAUUCAAGGCUGUAUCUUAAUGUUCUGAAUGAAUAUCCACAAGUUCAUUCAAUUUCAGCAUUCAACAAUAUUUACAAUAACACCGGCAUUUUUGGUAUCCAAGUUACAACGAUAUUUAUAGAUCGAUCAUCAUUGCCGCUAGAAGACAUAAACAUCAUUAGGGAGCAAUGGACCACAUUUUUUAUUGAUCAUUACUUUAAAUAGUUUGGACUUAUGUUUUAUAGUAUUGCUUUAACUAGUUAGAACUUACAUUUCAUUGAGCAAUGUAGUCCAUUAAUGUAUUACAUGUAUUUAAAACUAUUCAAUUAUAUAUAUAUCAUUGACAUUUAUCAUGUCGUCA